CUAUUUGUCACCGUUCCCUGAUUAUAUUAACAGACCUCCAAAAGGAAAAUAUAGAAAAUUUAUGUCAAGUGGGGAGAGAGAUAGAGAUCAUCUUGAUUAUAGAUAUGAUCGAAAUAUAGCUUCUGAUGGAAGAAAAAUGGGGAGCUCCAGAACUGGCAAGAGAAGAUGUAAUAGUCCUUUUAAUAGUUCAGACAACUUGCUGUAUAUUGAAAAGGAGGAUAGUGAUAGCAGAUACAUCAAACAGCGGCCUCUUCCCUUUCAUGCUUAUGAAGAGCCCACUGCUUCUGGCUGGGAACUAUUUCAAAGAGUUGCUGGACCAGAAAAUAGGGGUCCUAAAAGAAAUGUGCGGUGCUCAUGGAAAGAAAUGCACAUAAAAAGCCAGCGAUAUGGUACUAAUAUUGCCCCUUUCAAUGACAGUGAAGGCCUCAGGUAUCAUCAUCCUGAGGAUCAUCAUGGUGGAACAAUAGAUCACCCUGGAUCUACCAACACUUAUGCCUGGAACAAAAGCAUCAAAGGUCAUCAUAGUGAAGAUUGUUUUGUUCAGAGAAGGCGCUAUAAACAACAUGAACUAUUGAAUUCGAGAGGAGAGAUUUAUAAAUCAAGGCAGCAGGAUGAUACUAUGUUCCACCAUGAGGGGCCAUCAUAUCACUUUGAAAGAAUUUCAGGGAAUAAUCAGCCUGAUUAUAGACGUGCAUAUGAUUGCGUUCCAGAAUUUAUUGAUGAAGGAGAUAUGGGUAGAAAUAGAUUUAAAAGGACGCGAAAAGAAAAUCGCAGAAAUCAAUCUGGCGGAUGUCUUUUUGUUCAAUCUGAUAGUCGUGCCCAGAUGCACCCGAGAUCCCAGGUUGAACCUUGCUUGGUUGUUGUGGGCAAAGAGUGCACCUUGCAGUCCUUUAGAAGAACCCGUGAAGCUGGAGUGGAUAAACAUCAUAGUAGGCGUGAUUUCAUGGAAUGGAAUGAUAAUCAGAAGCCCAAAAAUUCUCAUGACUUGGACAAUUUUAACCUAGAGAAAGCUGUUUUAACAGGUGAAAGAAAGGUAGAUACUGACAUUAGUGACAAAAAUUGGCACGAUAAGACCUCCGGAAACCUGCAGAACGAAUUUCUGGAUAUUGAGGAAGGUCAGAUAAUUACUGAAGAAAUCAAUGAGAGCUCCCUGAAAUGUGUAGUUGCAUCUGAAUAUAUAACACAGGCCAAUGAAAUGGAGCACCCAGAAUUUGCUUCAAAAGGUGAUGCAGUUGUUAAAAUACUUGGUGAUCAGAAGAUUCAGGAGAUUAUGGCUAAGAUGGAAAGGCGACGACAGCGAUUUAAGGAGCCCAUUACCUCGAGCAGGUAUUCUGGGAAGACUUCCAAGCAUUUGCCUGAUUUGGAUGUUGAAACUGCUACAGAUAAACUAGAAAGACCAGCAAGAAAAAGGAGGUGGCUUGGAAACUAGAUAAGAUUUACUGGUAAUUUUCUUGCUACUCAGUAACAUAGAAUGGAUGUGAUCUUUACGUUUUCUUGGAGCUGGUUGUCCAUUGUGGUUUGGCAGUCUGGUGCAUCCGAAUACGCAAUGCAGUGCAGUCAAUAUAGUUCACAACUUUACUGGAGGAAGAUUGAAGUUGAUUUUUCCAUUCUUUAUGCUACUUAUAUGUAAUAAUUUUGGUCAUGACAUGUACUUAUUUUCUUGGAAUUGCUUAGAACCCAG